GGUGGGUUUCGCAUUCGUCUUGACUAGCCAAAACUGGUUCGCAAGAGGCCAGAGCACUGGGGACUCGUCCAACGAUAAAUAAGAAUGGUAGAAUAUUAGAACCGAGCUCUCUGGCUCUUGAGACUCUUGUUAGGUCGUAGGAAAUUACCUAAAGUAAGUAAUAACUUGCUUACUUGCUAGCUAAUGCGACGACAUCAUGACGGUCGAAAACGACGCGAGCGAGCAACCUCGCGAGGGGAUCCCCAAGCGUGCCGUCAAGCCUACCUGGCUGAGAGCGCAGCCUGAGUAUAUUUCAUGGAAGGGUAUGAUGUCUCAGACAGAAGAUUCGAAGGAACCGGCCGAGGAACAGCACAAUACUUCCGAGGACGUUAAAACCGAAGAUAGCGACUGGGAAGAUAUUUCUCGACGUGAGGUCAAUAACUGCUCCUCCGACUACUACGGCAACUACAUCAAAGAGCGCGCCAUCGAACAGGGCGAAUGGCUCGCCGUGAGCGAAGUCCCCAUCCCACAGUCCACGGAGGAGUGGUUCAAACCGCCCCCCAAGUCCCCCAAAGGCAAGCGUUCUAGUACUAGUACUACUACUACUACUACUACUACUACUACUACUUCUACUACCACCGCCGCCGCCGUCGCAGCUAGCAACAGCAACAGCAACAGCGGCCACCGCGUCAAGGGCUGGGUACACGGCGUGCAGAAAUGUCUACGACCUGAAAAACGUACUCCUUCCCCCGAGACCAGGAUCAGCGACGAGGCGUACGUCGAAAUCAAUACGAGCGGCGAGUCUGACACCGACACCGACACCGACGCCGACGACUGGUUGCCGCUGCCGCUGCCGCUGCUCCAGAAACGCCCGGAUACGCCGCUGCCGCGGGGGUUGUUGCGGGUCGGUGCGCAGCAGCAGAGGCGCGGGGGCAGAGGUCGGGAUAGUCCCUGGGCUGGGGGUCUUCGCGAGUCGGCGAGGCAGCGGGGGUCGGGGUGUACUGUUUUUUAUGCGCCGAUGUUGGCUUGAUUGGGGGAGGGCUUUGAGUAGGAGUGUAUGGGGGAUGUAGGUAUGUGGACUUUUAGUCUACUAUACAGACUGGCUAUACACUAUACACUAUAAGCUUGGGAGGUCUAUCUAUCUAUCUAUCUAUCUAUCUGGCUGGGGAGUGGGCAAUGGGCAAUGGGUAUAUACUCUAGGUAUGGUUCUUCUGGGAACUGGGUUACCUACUUGGAG